CCUGUGCUUGCCCCAGUUCACGGCGCAGCAGCAGCAGCAGCAGCAGCUCAGACCUGUGGCCGGCGGGCUGCCGUGAGUCUGCGCCAUCUCUGUCCCUGGUUUAAAGCAGCGGGGACCCAAUGAUGAGUCAAAAGUGAAAGCGUCGGGAUCCGUGACACUCGUUUGUCUCUCGAAGCCGCUGAUGGUGAUGGUGAACAAGUGUUUCCUGAAGACCUGAUAAAAGACUGGAUGUGGUUGUAACUAUGCUUACGUCAGGGUGGGGGGUGUGGGCCCUCUCCCCCUGUGGCCUUGUGCUGGUCAUUUGUUCGUCUCUGUGUCUGUCCCAGCAGCCUCACGUCAAACUGGACUGCAGUAGAAAGGAACAUCCUGUUGUCUCCUACCAAACGUUAAGGCCGUGGAUGUCAGAGUUCUCCCACCCAGGAGUGAAGGAUUUCUCCCAGCUCGCUCUGGACCUGAGCAGAAACCAGCUCAUUGUGGGAGCAAGAAACUUCAUCUUCAGACUGAGUUUGAUCAACGCCUCCCUCAUACAGGCGACAGAAUGGGCACCUGAUGAAGAUACAAAGCGCUCAUGUCAGAGCAAGGGCAAAUCUCAGGAGGAAUGUCAAAACUAUAUCCGGGUUUUGUUGAUCAGUGGGAGGACGCUCUUCACGUGUGGGACCAAUGCUUUUACCCCCGUCUGUAUAACCAGGCAGAUUGGUAACACCAGUCAGGUACUGGAAACAGUGAAUGGUGUUGCCCGAUGUCCCUACGACCCGCGCCACAACUCCACCGCCAUGGUAACAGAGAAAGGCGAGUUGUACGCUGCUACAGUGAUCGACUUCUCAGGACGUGACCCAGUCAUCUACAGGAGCCUGGGGAACAUGCCGCCACUGCGCACUGCCCAGUACAACUCCAAAUGGCUCAACGAGCCUCAUUUUGUGUCUGUUUAUGAGAUUGGUCGGUUUGCCUACUUCUUCCUGAGAGAAACUGCAGUAGAAAACGACUGCGGGAAGAUGGUGUUCUCUCGUGUUGCCCGCGUCUGUAAGAACGAUAUGGGUGGUCGCUUCCUUUUGGAGGACACGUGGACCACGUUCAUGAAGGCCCGACUGAACUGCUCCCGCUCAGGAGAAAUCCCCUUUUACUACAAUGAGCUGCAGAGCACCUUUUACUUACCAGAGCAGGACCUGAUCUAUGGCAUCUUCACCACUAACGUGAACAGCAUAUCAGCUUCAGCUGUCUGUGCCUUCAAUCUGAGCUCCAUCACCCAGGCAUUCAACGGACCUUUCCGCUACCAGGAGAACCCCCGCACUGCAUGGCUCUCCACCCCAAACCCCAUACCCAAUUUUCAGUGUGGCACACUGGAGGAGGGAGGCCCUGGGGGGAACCUCACAGAGCGCAGUCUCCAGGACGCCCAGCGACUCUUCCUGAUGAACGACGUUGUCCAGCCGGUGACCAUCAACCCUCUGCUCACCCAGGACAACCUGCGCUUCUCCAAGCUGGUGGUGGACAUCGUGCAGGGCCGGGACACCCUCUACCAUGUCAUGUACAUCGGCACUGAAUAUGGCACCAUCCUGAAGGCUCUCUCCACAACCAAUAAAAGCCUUCAUGGCUGCUACCUGGAGGAGCUCAGAAUCCUCCCUGAAGGGCAAAUCGAGCCAAUCAAGAGCCUGCAAAUCCUCCAAAGUGACAGGUCCUUGUUUGUGGGACUUGAUGACAGAUUGAUGAAAAUCCCAUUAGAGCGAUGCUCCACCUAUCCAACUGAACGUUACUGCAUGGAAGCUCGGGACCCAUACUGUGGCUGGGAUCACAAACAGAAGCGCUGCACCACCAUCGAGGAGAGCUCCAACAUGAACCAGUGGACCCAAAACAUCACAGAGUGCCCAGUAAGGAACCUAACGCAGGAUGGCGGUUUUGGUCCUUGGGCACCGUGGCAACCCUGUAACCACGACGACGGCGAGGGCUCCAUCAGCAGCUGCGCAUGUCGGUCCCGCUCAUGUGAUGGACCGGUGGCCCGAUGUGGUGGGGUUGACUGCAGUGGCCCAACCAUACAGGUGGCAAACUGUUCCAGGAAUGGCGGGUGGACUCCCUGGUCUUCAUGGGGCCAGUGCAGCAGCAGUUGUGGCAUCGGAUUUGAAGUGAGGCAGCGGUCCUGCAACAACCCCUCGCCUCGGCACGGUGGUCGAAUCUGUGUUGGCCAGGGUCGAGAGGAGAGACUGUGCAAUGAGAAAAAGCCAUGUCCCCAGCCAGUGUUGUGGACAGCGUGGAGCCCCUGGGCUCACUGCAGUGCUGAAUGUGGAGGUGGGGUCCACUCCAGGACCAGAACCUGUGAGAAUGGAAACACUUGUCCUGGAUGUGCCACGGAGUAUAAGGUCUGUAACCUGGAGGCUUGCCCUGAGGUACGCCGCAACACCCCCUGGACCCCCUGGAUGCCAGUCAAUGUUAGUGAAGAUGGGUCACGGCAAGAGCAGAGAUUCAGGUACACCUGCAGGGCUCUGCUACCGGACCCCCAGCAGCUCCAGCUGGGCAAGAAGAAGGUGGAGACCCGGUUCUGUCCCAAUGACGGGUCUGGAGCCUGUCAGACUGACUCUCUGGUUGAAGACUUAGUGAAGACUAGUGGUCGAACUUUGUCCCAGCCCCAAGGUGCUCGCUGGGGAUCCUGGGAACUGUGGUCCAGUUGUUCACAGCAAUGCUCCAGAGGCUUCCGAACCCGGAAACGUAGCUGCUCGACGGCAGAGGGCAGGACCAACCCAAACACCUGUGUAGGAUCCCCAGUAGAGUAUCAGGACUGCAACACUCAACCCUGUCCAGUGAGUGGGGUUUGGUCUUGUUGGUCCUCCUGGUCCCAGUGCUCAUCCACCUGUGGGGGCGGACACUACCAGCGGACUCGGACGUGCAGCAGUCCUCCCCCAGUCAAUGGAGGAGACAUCUGCAUAGGCCUGCACACUGAAGAGGCCCUCUGCAACACACAUGCUUGUGAAGGUUGGGGUGAGUGGACGGAGUGGGGGGAUUGUGAUGAGGAUGGUCUGCAGCAUCGCACUCAUCGCUGUGGUGAGGACCAGGUGGCUGAGGCCAGUCUCUGCCAGGGCAACAUUACCCAGUCCAGGCAAUGCAAGCCCCAUGAGGUGCCAGUCAUUUUACCUGGACAGGAGGACUACAGCUGUGGAACCUUCACCUUGUUCCAGCUCGUUGCUGUGGGCUCAGCUAGUUUCUUUGCAGCAGCAUUACUGUCAGCGCUGGCCUACACCUACUGCCACCACCUGAACCGGCCGUCAGCAGAGUCAGCAGUCAUCCACCCCAGCACACCGAACCACCUCACUUACCACAAGCAGGGCAACGCCACGCCAAAGAAUGAGAAGUACAUCCCAAUGGAGUUUAAGACGCUAAACAAGAACAAUCUCCAUGUGAACGACGAGACAUGCAACCACUUCCCCUCCCCACUGCCCUCCAGCAAUAUGUUUACCACCACCUACUAUCCUCCCAGCCUGAGCAAGUACGACUUCCAUCCGGACUCCCCCUGCAGGACCUACAUGCACAGCUGAACGGAGGCCAGGCGCAAACAAAAAAAACAAAACAAACUCUUUACUCACCCCAACACCACCCUGAUGGGAUUUCUCUUUCAAAACAAAUACACCAAGAUUUUGAUAGAUUAUCCUGAUGAUCAAGAAAGUCUUAAAGUAAACACCAAAAUCAUUGUCAUGUUCCAGUCUGAUUUUGUGAUCUGUUGAUGAGAUCUUAAAGGCUCGGUUCAUGUACCUGUGUUCCUGUUAGUCUGUAGGAUCCACAGACAUCAGUGAUGCUUAAGUAGAGAGUAGUUUCAAGUGAAAUUCCAUUCUUCUUCAUUGUGUUUAGGUGUAGGCAGAACAAUCCAAGUCAGAUACCACCAAACAUGAGCAAAUAAAACUAUUUAUAGUGGCAAUUUUGCUUUUAUCAGACAGUGGAGUGUAACAGGAGAGAUGAGAGGACAUGCACAGCCACAAAAACGUUUACGUUAUGCACAGUCAUUACAUUGUGUACAGUUUUUAAUUUAUAUUUUGCUGCAGUGUGCAAAGGACACUGUCAGCCCAACCCCCCCCCACCCCACCCCUGAGGUGCUCCAUUUGUGCUCAGGGCAGUGUGAAAGCAGGGUAGGACCACAAGGUCCAGGGCUUCAACUAAACUUCAGACAUUGUAUGUACCUGGACUGAGAAGAGACUCACCUGCCGGUUAUGUAGUCUGCGUAUUUUUGCAGGUGAGUUCAGAGAACUUAAUACUGUAUACGGACUAUAUAGGCAGCCUGGACACUUGCUAAGUGUGGGUUGCCGUCAGUAAAGACAGACAUCUGUGGGGGAAAAAAACAAAACAGAAACAGCCAAAAUAAUGUGUUCUACAUAAUAUCCCCACAAAUCAUUCUUCACUGUGUGUGGAUUUCUGGCUUAUUUGCUUUAAUUUUCAUGUUUAGCAGCAUCCACAACAAAAAUCACUGAAGAGGGCGUUUUUGACAGGCCUCACUAUGUACUGUACAUCGUUGAAGUCUCCUGACUUUUCUGUCAACAGAUAAGAUUCAUUAUUUUAGGGGUGUUCACUGAUGUCACUGUUUGUAUUUGUAUCUGUCUCCUGAAAAAAAAUGAUUGAUGUUUUACUUCAGAUGGGGCAUUUUUUUUUUUUGUCAUACACUUCUGUUUUCUGCAUGUUAAUGCAUUAAGGUUAUUGCUCAGUAAUCACCAAAUACAUUUCAGAGACUCUCACGAACGCAUAAGCACACGAUAAAUCAGCUUUUCAAGUAAAAGGUAACUUCGACAGACGUAACACAACAAUUUGUAUAAUUGUGAUGGAUUAACUUACUCAAGCAGGUUUCAAGUCUCUAUAUCUUAUAUUUCAUAGUGUACUGAAGUGAGUGGAAAACAAUGGCUGCCUAGAAGGUAGGAAAAACACAAUGUACAAGACUUGUAUGUAAGAAAAUGUUCUGCAGCAAUGCAUUAAGUUAUAACUUUAAGAUAUGUUCUUGAUAGAACAUGGGAAACACUAGUUUUAUUGAGGGAAAGCAAGGAAAAGUGAUUUUCAUUGGCUAUAACUUUUUCUCUUAUGCUUCUGAAUACAAUAGUAAGCAGAUUUGGAGAGAACACACAAAAAAAAAAAAAACAAAUUUUUUGACCUUGUAAGGUUUACUAUGACUGCGUGGAUUUUCCCUCCAGUUUCCUCCCACGAUCCAAAAACAUACAGGUUAAGUGAACUGGACUCAUCUAUGGAUAGUUUAGUGUCCAUAGAUGAGAUGUGAAUGUGAAUGGUUGUUUGUCUAUAUGUGACUUUUUUUUUUUUUUUUUUCCAAGCAUAUGAGGUAUGAAUGCUCAGAGUGGAUGCAGACACAUUCACGAGGACAAUAUUACAGGUACUUGUAUAAAUAUGUUUUUCCACUUUUCUGUUGCUCAUUUCAACAAACUGUGGAUUAUCUGUUAUAUGAUCCCUGUGAUAUACAAAUUCCAUCAUUUCCAAGAAGUUUCUUGGAAAAAAACUGUAUAAUUGGGUACAGAUUGCAGGGGAAACAGGAAUGUCUUUGAUAGUAUUUAAAACCAAAAAGAUAUUCAUGUUUCCUUUAUUAUUGAAAACAUUAUUCUUUAUAUAUGUUGUUAUUCGUACAUAUUGAAAAUGCAUGCCUAUUGAAAAAUGUCACAUCUUUGCAUGUUCAGCUGACUGACUGUACGCCGA